GAUAAUUUUCCUCGACUUUUCCUUAGUCUCCCCUCAGUUCCCCUACGGCGUGCAAUCGUUUGUCACCUUGAAAAGUUUUUUGUCGUUUUCCUGAAGAAGUAAGGACAAUAUAUUAAUAAAGAAAGAUAUUCAAGAAAAUAAAUAAAAUUAAACAAUCAUGUCGAGCACAUCGCAGAAGCAUAAGAAUUUUGUGGCGGAACCGAUGGGAGAAAAACCUGUCACGGAACUAGCCGGCGUCGGGGAAGUUUUGGGAAGGAGGUUAGAAGCUGCUGGUUUCGAUAAGGCGUACGUAGUCCUCGGGCAGUUUUUAGUUUUGAAGAAAAACAAGGAACUUUUUCAAGAAUGGAUGAAGGACGCGUGUUCUGCGAAUGCCAAACAGUCCCACGAUUGUUAUCAAUGUUUGACUGAUUGGUGCGACGAAUUUCUAUAGUCCAGUCUUAAGUCUUCAAUAAUUACUACAAUAAAUCUACGCCUCAGAGUUAUAUGUCCAUAAUAAUUUAAAACAAAACUACGUGUAAGAUUAAACCGCAACUGAUUUUCCAUCAAGGAGUAAUGAACAAUGAUUUCAUUUUACUUUUCUCUAGACGAAACUGUAUAGCGCUUUACGUGCUGCAUAUAGCGAUUUUUAUUAGUUCAUGACAUUGGGAAACGCGGAAUACUGUUACUUUCGCAAAUUGCUGUACAAAGAAUUGAAUUUUCCUGUAUAAGCAAAACAUGUUUCCCGCGGAGAAGCUAGUUUGUCUUUCAAGUUGGGUUUUUUUUAUAAGAAUUUUUUUAUGAUGUAUAUUGUAUUCCAUGCAAUAAACACAAAGCAAAGCUUGAUUCCUAGUUUAUAACUGUGUGCAAAAUUUUAGGGAGUUAUUAUCUAGAAAAAAAGUAUGUAUUAUUUUGUAAAAGUGAAAUUAAAGAGUUAUUAGAAAUUA